CCCGCUAUGGUAUGAAGCAUAUUAACGCUAAUUGAAGCUCAACAUUUCAAGCUUCAGCUUCAUCUUUUCAAGUCAACAUUCAGACUCUCUUUUCAUUCGCAUUCGCAUUCCUAGAAAGUCACAUAUACUGGGAUCUGUAUAUACCAUGCUAAAGUAAUCUUAAUAGAUAAUAGAUAUCACACAAUUCGAUGGAUCCGACUUCGGGGUCCUCGGAAGCCAAGCGGUGCCAGCACAUAUAGACGCACAAUGCAUGGAGACGGAUCCUAGAAAGCGUCCGGGUAUCAUUUACGCCGUAUUCGCACGCCUUAUUCCAGGCACCCAUCUGAUUAGUUGCAUGCCAAUUCCGGGGACUAGCUAGGUCCCUAACCCCGUGAGGCUGAUAGCUAAAGGAUGGCCGUAGAUGAAAUCCAUCCAUUCAUUUAUAUUUACAUAAACCUCACCCAGGUAAUUCUCUAGUAGAAAGAAGAUUCUCUAACCUUAAUAGUCGUUUCACAAAUCCGCAAACAUGGCGAAACCCAAAGCCAUAACCGGGCUAUCAACCCGUCCCCUCAACGCCGUCUUCCUCCUCGCCUUCAGCAUCUUCGCGGCGGUAUUCACGUACCUGAUGCGCGUGGACACCGUGAUCAACGAGGUGCCGACGAAUUUCCAUCCCGUAGUCGAGACCUCGACGUUCGAAAACGGGACGCCGCUCGUGACGCAAUACACGGGCGUCAAGGCCGUCGACGAGCUCGCCAAGUUUUUAGUCGCCGCUUUCCUCGCCGGACCUGCUGGUUGGGAUGUCGGCGUGAAGGCCCAGCAGGCUUACUUUCUGAUGAAUUUCUUUGCUGUUGUGAGCGUGUGGGCCGUUGAGUCUAGCCGGCGACGGAAUUCUGGGAGGCUUAUUAGUUUCGUGGCGCUUUUUGGCCUCCUCUACCAGAUCAUCGGUGCAGCCAUCAUUGCGCCUGUGUAUUAUACAGCGUAUGUGUUCACCUCUAGAGGAGACGCAUACCACCUCAGCGGCCGCGAGGUCCCUAUCGGCUAUGCGCGGGCUCUCCUGCCUGCCACCGUACUUGGAUAUCUCAUCCCCACUAUGGCUCUUUACUACGGCUCAUGGGACAUCCAGACCGUGCAAUACCUAACAGCCUUCUGGCAGCCGUCCCCGAUAUACGUCAGCGUACUCCUUGUGCUUCUAUCCUACGUCACAUCCCCAUCGUCUUCAACCACUACCGCUAAAAACGGCGACGUCAAGCACUUGAAACUCGUGUAUCUCCUCGUGGGUCUUAUAUCAAGCGCUUCCCAUCUCAGCACCCUUUACCUCUCCUUCACCUCAGACAACCCGCAGCUUUCGCUUAGCUACAUAUUCCUGCCAAAUCGGGCAACAUGGAAAGACGGCAUAGUCCUCGGACUGCACUAUAUCUUCCAAGUCGAUUUCUUCGGAGCAUUCGGGUCCGCGCUCCUCUGGAGCUGGCUGAACACGUAUGAUGUUCUGCGCGUCCAGGGUCGAUCUAGUGCGUCGAGCCUUAUCCAAGCGGCAUUGGGUAUUGUAAUUACCACGUUGGUGGCUGGUCCGGGAACUGCUAUUGUGGUGGCUUAUAACUGGAGGGAGAAUGUGCUCGUGGCGAUCGAGAAUGCUAAUGGGAAGAAGCCCAAAGCCGCAUAGAACAUACCUUUAAGGCCUAGUCUAUCUUAUAGAACAGGUUAACCGUGAUCUCGAACUCGUGGCCUCACCGUCGUAGUCCGGGGUUUACACCAUUGUACAAAAUCAAACAUCGCA